AUGCUUCAGCCUCGAAUGGCCUGUAGGGUCAUUCAGUUGCCCUUCAGAUGCUUGCCCUCUGUCCCGGCUCGGGGCUAUGCAACAAGGGUCGUGAAUGAGAUGGAGCCGCCAUCCGAGAACUCUCGCAACACGUUUGAGAUGAGCAACUCACUUCCUCCUCUGCCGACUCGCAACAAGGGAAUUGUCCUCCGCACAUAUACUCCGCGCACCCCUGGUGUACGACAUCUGCGACGACCGAUCAAUGAUCAUCUGUGGAAAGGCCGCCCGGUGCACCGAUUGACGUUUCCCAAGCGUGGCCAGGGCAAAGGUGGUCGCAAUAACACCGGCCAAAUAACGGUCCGGCAUCACGGUGGUGGCCACAAGCGCCGGAUACGGACCGUCGAUUUCCUGCGCAUGCUGCCCGGACCCCAACUGGUGGAGCGCAUCGAGUAUGAUCCAGGGCGGACUGCACACAUUGCCCUGACUCGUUGCAAGACUACCAAGAAACUGAGUUAUAUUCUCGCUGCCGAUGGAUUGCGGGCCGGCGAUGUCAUCGAGAGUUACCUGCCCGGCAUCCCGAAUGAUCUGUGGCGGGCCAUGGGUGACGCCAUAGAUCCGGGAGUGCUCGCAGCCCGAACUGUUUGGCGAGGAAACUGUCUGCCAUUGCACAUGGUUCCCGUGGGGACACCGAUCUUCAACGUUGGGUUGGAGCCCGGCAAAGGGGGCCAGUUGUGCCGCAGCGCGGGUACCUAUGCCACUGUGGUUGCCAAAGGGCGUGAUUCUCGCCAGGCAGCCAUUGUAACCGAAGAGCCGGUCGAGGAGCAGCCUCUAUCCAUGCGCGAACAGCAGGAACAGGAGCGCCUGGCCCAGUCAAUCACCGUCCGCCUUCAAAGUGGCGAGAUUCGGCUCCUUCACAAAGACUGUUGCGCGACCGUUGGCACUGCUAGCAACAUCAACCAUCAAUACAGACAGCUCGGAAAGGCAGGCCGAUCACGCUGGCUCAACAUUCGCCCCACUGUCCGAGGUCUGGCCAUGAACGCGGCUGAUCAUCCUCAUGGUGGUGGACGAGGAAAGUCCAAGGGUAACGUUGAUCCUAAGAGCCCGUGGGGUCUCCCGGCCAAGUCUGGUUACAGAACUCGUAAGAAGGGGAAGAUCAACAAGUCUGUGAUCCAACCGAGACCGCGCAACCAAGGCAAGCGUCGUCGUGGACGCAAAUAA